AUGGGAUUGGCCAAUGAGAGUUCCCUAAUGGAUUUCAUCCUUCUAGGCUUCUCAGACCACCCUCGUCUGGAGGCUGUUCUCUUUGUAUUUGUCCUUUUCUUCUACCUCCUGACCCUUGUGGGAAACUUCACCAUAAUCAUCAUCUCAUAUCUGGAUCCCCCUCUUCAUACCCCAAUGUACUUUUUUCUCAGCAACCUCUCUUUACUGGACAUCUGCUUCACUACUAGCCUUGCUCCUCAGACCUUAGUUAACUUGCAAAGACCAAAGAAGACGAUCACUUACGGUGGUUGUGUGGCGCAACUCUAUAUUUCUCUGGCACUGGGCUCCACUGAAUGUAUCCUCUUGGCUGUCAUGGCCUUGGAUCGGUACGUUGCUGUCUGCAAACCCCUCCACUAUGUAGUCAUCAUGAACCCACGGCUUUGCCAACAGCUGGCAUCUAUCUCCUGGCUCAGUGGUUUGGCUAAUUCCCUAAUCCAUGCAACUUUUACCUUGCAAUUGCCUCUCUGUGGCAACCAUAGGCUGGACCAUUUUAUUUGCGAAGUACCAGCUCUUCUCAAGUUGGCUUGUGUGGACACCACUGUCAAUGAAUUGGUGCUUUUUGUUGUUAGUGUUCUGUUUGUUGUCAUUCCACCAGCACUCAUCUCCAUCUCCUAUGGCUUCAUAACUCAAGCUGUGCUGAGGAUCAAAUCAGUAGAGGCAAGGCACAAAGCCUUCAGCACCUGCUCCUCCCACCUUACAGUGGUGAUUAUAUUCUAUGGCACCAUAAUCUACAGGUACCUGCAACCUAGUGACAGCUAUGCCCAGGACCAAGGGAAGUUUAUCUCCCUCUUCUACACCAUGGUGACCCCCACUUUAAAUCCUAUCAUCUAUACUUUAAGGAACAAGGAUAUGAAAGAGGCUCUGAGGAAACUUCUCUCGGGAAAAUUGUGAU